AUGGCAGUGGAAGACCAUGACUCAAGCAAGAAACAUGUUAAUACAUAUGCGCCUAAGAUACAAUCAAACUCCUCUAGUGGGGAACAACUUGCUAAACAGGCCCAGAACCUCAAGAUAGGUGGUAGAUCGAGCGAUUAUGCUAGAGUUAUGAAGUUCAACAAAGUUCUUUCCGAAACUACUGUCAUUUUAAGUAUACCUCUGCUUUGCCUUAAGAGAUGGUCUCACGCAUGUUGCUUGUUGCGUAACUGUUUUAUUAUGAGCAGACAUGCAUGUUUUAUGCGUUUGACUAACAUUAAAGAAGGAGGAGGACAUGCUAUCUUCACGUCAGUGUUCCCACUCGUUUCAUUGUAA